AUGGCAUGCUGCAGGAGGGUAUGUUCUCGCUCCUCAGUCUACACUCUGGCUCUGGGUCUUUGUUUUGUGAUUCUGGGGACCAGUAGAAUUCUACUGCUCAAGUUCUCUGCCAAUGCUGAUAACAAGUAUGACUUCCACCCUGCCUCUGUUAAUCUCCUCGCUGAAGCACUCAAGCUGAUCUUUUGUCUUGUGAUGUCGAUCAGGGUUGUAGUCAGAGAGGGACGGUCAUGCAGAGAUCUGGGAUUCUCAUCAUCUACCUCUCUACUUCUUUCAUUUAAAUGGGCCAUUCCUGCAUUUCUCUAUUUUCUUGACAACAUCAUAAUUUUUUAUGUGAUGACAUAUCUGCAGCCUGCCAUGGCAGUUUUGUUCUCCAACUUUGUAAUCCUUACCACAGCUGUACUCUUUAGAAUUGUUCUAAAGAGACGAUUGUCCUGGGUCCAGUGGGCAUCUCUGGUUAUUUUGUUUCUAUCCAUCGUUUCUUUGACGACAGGCUCUGGGGGUAACCAGCACCCCAUCUCUGUCCAUGGUCCUAUCCAUGCAAACCCCCUGUCCACUCCCUCCAACUCCUGCAUCCUCUACACUCAGCUAUUGGAGCAAAUGAGGAAUAGCAGUGCCAGCGAGUCGUGGGUGUCGGCGCUGCCUGCUCAGGAGUGGAGAAACAAAAUGGUGGAGAAGCUGCGGACAUUUGGAGUGGGUCACAUCUUACUCAUUCUUCAGUGCUUCAUCUCUGCUAUGGCAAACAUCUACAAUGAAAAGAUCCUAAAGGAAGGGGACCAACUCACAGAGAGCAUCUUCAUACAAAACAGUAAACUUUAUGUCUUUGGGCUCAUAUUCAAUGGCCUUACCCUGGGACUGGGCAGUGAGGCGCGGGGGAUAACCAUACACUGUGGUUUGCUUCAUGGACACAACAUAUUCUCCUUGGGCCUGGUGCUGGUCACUGCUGCCCUUGGGCUAUCCGUCGCCUUCAUCCUCAAAUUUCGAGACAAUAUGUUCCACGUUCUGACGGGCCAGAUCACGACUGUCCUGGUCACAGCCCUCUCCUUGUUCCUCUUUGAUUUUCGUCCUUCUUUGGAUUUCUUCCUUCAGGCUCCCAUGGUACUACUGGCAAUAUAUAUUUACAAUGCCAGUCGACCCAAAGACCUAGAGUACAAUCUGCAAAAGGAGAAGCUCCGGGUCAUCAAUGGAGAAGUCUUUGAAAGGUCCAGAGGGGAUGGAGAGGAGCUGGAGCUUCUGACCAAACCCAACACAGACAGUGAGACAGAGGAUGACUCUUUGUAG